AUGACGUCCUGCAGGUACCUGGGAAGUCAGAAUAUUUUUGGUGAUCCAGAUGAAGUGAAGUCAGUGUCAGUAAAUGAAGGAGAUUCUGUUACUCUACACACUGAUGUUAGGGAAAGAAAGAGGGAUGAUCUGAUACAGUGGCUUUUUAUAACGAAAAACAUCCUGAUAGCCCAAUUCUACAGACUGGCCAAUAGAACCUCAUUAUAUGACAGAGGAAGAUUCAAAAACAGACUGCAGUUAAAUGAUCAGACUGGAGAUCUGACCAUCACAGACAUCACAACUCAACACACUGGACUUUAUCAAGUAGAGAUUAUCGAUUUUAUAAAACCUUCAUAUAAGAGAUUCAAUGUUACUGUCUACGCUCAUCUGCCCAUUCCUCUUAUUGACUCUCCAAAAUGUACUUCAUCAAAUUGUAUGGUGUUUUGUUCAUUGUUGAAUGUGAGAGAUGUGAGAGAUGUGAGUCUGUCCUGGUACAAAGGAAACAGUUUAUUGUCCAUCAUCAGUGUGUCUGAUCUCAACAACAGUCUCUCUCUGGAAGUGGAAUAUCAGGAUACAAACACGUACAGCUGUGUGGUUACCAAUUCAACCAGCAAACAGAUUGUCAACAUUACUGAACUCUGUCAGCCAUGUUCAGAAAGGCACUCAUUACCGAAAGGUUAUACAGAACUGAUGUUUCUUCUACUGUUGCCCCUGAUUCUGAUUCCAGUGGUAGCAUUUGUUUGUUUUUUUUGCCGCUGCAAUAAGAAUAAACAAGCAGGGCAAAUAGGCCAGACUUUUGAAGCAGAGCAUGACCUGCUAAGCAACGUUGAAUAUGGUGCAGACGCCACCGACAGAGUGCAUACAGUACAAGUCAGGAAGGGAGAUUCUGUCACAUUACACACUACUACUGAACUACAAAUGGAUGAACAGAUUGUGUGGGGGUUUGGAGUAUUCUUUAGUUUUCCAAACCUAUUUAUUCCCAUAGCUAGACUGAAUAAGCAGGACAACAGUGUUUCAUUUGGAAGUCAAAAUUAUGAGAAAUUCAAAGACAGGCUAAACUUGGACAUUCAGACCGGAUCUCUUACUAUUUACAACAUCAUGACUGACCACUCUGGACUUUAUGAACUGCAGAUCAUCAGCGAAGAAAACACGUCUUCAAAGAAGAUAUUCUGCGUUUUAGUCUAUGAGACAUAAACACAGAAGAUACAUGGAAUGAGAGGCACAACAGAAUCAGCAUUAUAUAAAUAUAUGUUUAGUGUAUUUGUAGCAUAUUAUUUAAAAUAUAGUAUAGUAAUAAUAUAUAUAGUACUAUUAAGUUUAGUUCUAUCAAAUCAGUUUAAAGCCUUACUGAUUCUUAUACUUAAAAAUUAAGUGUACAUUUAAGUAUAUAUUUAUAAACAUGUAUUUAAGUAUUGUUUUUUUUUGAAUGUGU